GACUCAGGGAGCAGCAGCAGCGUGGACAGCGGGGAACGUGCACGCUUCCUGCGCAGAGAACAAGUGAAAAGUUCACGAACAAGAACCGAGCCGCUGCCAAAAUGCUCGUGUUAUUCGAAACAGCCGCUGGCUACGCGAUCUUCAAGGUCCUCGAUGAAGCCAAGCUGCAGGAGAUCGACAACCUGCACAAGGAGUUUGAAACUCCUGAAAAGGCGAAUAAAAUUGUGAAGCUGAAGCACUUUGAGAAGUUUCAGGACACAACAGAGGCCUUGGCAGCUGUCACUGCCCUUGUUGAGGGAAAAAUGGGCAAGAGUUUGAAGAAAGUGCUGAAGAAGGUCGUGGCCAAGGACGCGCACGAGCAGCUGGCGAUCAGCGACGCCAAACUAGGUGGCGUUAUAAAAGACAAGAUGGACCUGAGCUGUGUCCACAACCCUGCUGUGGCCGAACUGAUGAGAUGCAUCAGGAGCCAGAUCGAGGCUCUCGUCACUGGACUUCCUCCCAGGGAGAUCAGUGCCAUGUCUCUGGGGUUGGCUCACAGUUUGUCACGCUACAAGCUGAAGUUCAGUCCGGACAAAGUGGAUACUAUGAUUGUUCAGGCCAUUUCUCUUCUUGAUGACCUGGAUAAAGAGCUCAACAACUACAUCAUGCGUUGUAGAGAGUGGUACGGCUGGCACUUCCCAGAGAUGGGAAAGGUCAUCACAGACAACUUGAUCUACUGCAAAACUGUCCGCAAAAUCGGUUUUCGUACCAACGUGGCCGGCUCUGACCUGUCGGACCUUCUCCCCGAGGAAAUUGAGGCCGAGUUGAAACUGGCUGCUGAGAUCUCCAUGGGAACAGAAGUGUCGGAACAAGACAUCGGCAACAUUAGGCACCUUUGUGAUCAGGUGAUUGAUAUUUCAGAUUAUCGCACUCAGCUGUACGACUACCUCAAGAACCGAAUGACGGCGAUCGCCCCCAACUUGACUGUAAUGGUGGGUGAGCUGGUUGGUGCCCGUCUCAUCUCACAUGCUGGUUCCCUCCUGAAUUUGGCCAAGCAUCCGGCCUCCACGGUGCAGAUCCUCGGAGCAGAGAAGGCUCUGUUUAGAGCCCUGAAGACCCGCAAAGACACACCCAAGUACGGUCUCAUUUACCAUGCCUCUCUAGUGGGCCAGACCACUGCCAAGAACAAGGGCAAGAUCUCCAGAAUGCUGGCGGCUAAAGCAUCACUGGCUAUUCGUUAUGAUGCCCUGGGAGAAGACACAAACGCAGAAAUGGGAAUAGAGAACCGUGCCAAGCUGGAGGCCAGGCUGCGGCAGCUGGAGGAUAAAGGAAUCCGAAGAAUAAGUGGAACAGGCAAAGCGAUGGCACAGGCAGACAAAUACCAGCACAAGAGUGAAGUAAGAAUUUAUGAUCCAGCUGGCGAUUCUACUAUUCCCUCCACCUCAAAGAAGAGGAAGUUUGAGGAGGUGGAGGAGGAGGAGGCUGAAGAGCCUAAAACGCCUGCGGCCAAAUCCAAAAAGGCCAAAAAGGAGCCAGUAGCAGAAGAAGAAGAAGCAGAAGCGGCAGCGGAGGAGACUCCCAAGAAAAAGAAGAAAAAGAAGGACAAGAAAGCAGAAACGGCAGUAGAGGAACCAAAGGAGGAAGAGGAGGAGGUAGCAAUACCAGAGGCCGACGAGGUUGAAGAACCUGCUGACAGACCGAGGAAGAAGCAGAAGACUCAGCAGCUCGGCCUGACCAGGACUCCCCUGAUGACGCUGUCCGGCCACAACGAGGCGGUGUCCUCCGUCCUCUGGUGCGACAGUGAGGAGGUUUGCAGUGCAUCCUGGGAUCACACCAUCCGUGUGUGGGAUAUCGAGACUGGAGGAGUGAAGACAACGCUGACGGGCAGUAAAGUGUUUAACUGCAUCUCCUACUCCCCCCUGUGUCGACGACUGGCCUCUGGGAGCGCUGACAGACACAUCAGAUUGUGGGACCCCCGCACCAAAGACGGGUCGCUGGUGCUGCUGUCGCUCACCUCUCAUACUGGCUGGGUCACCGCCGUGAAGUGGGCGCCCACACAUGAGCACCAGCUGGUCUCUGGCUCCCUGGACAACCUUGUCAAACUGUGGGACACCAGAAGUUGUAAGGCGCCUCUGUACGAUCUGGCAGCCCAUGAGGACAAAGUGUUUUGUGUGGACUGGACAGAAAGCGGGCUGAUGUUGAGUGGAGGAGCAGAUAACAAGUUGUACACCUACAAGUACGCAGCCUGUCAGACAGACGCGGGGGCGUAGACGAGGACUUCAGAGACUCCAUCACCACGGAUGUACAGAAUGGACAGACCUGCACGCAUUCACAAUCAGCGUGGCAGAACUUUGAAUUGUAGAAACUUUGUUUGCUUUGUUCUUCACUGUCCUGGUUGUUUUUACCCCAUUCAGUUUUUACACAUAUUUCAUUGUGGGUCCUCUUUGUUUCCCUGUAACUCAAGAAAAUUAUAAAUAUAUGUCCUCUCUGAAAAUGUUGCCACCUGGACUCAACGUUGCAUUUCAUUUUAUUUCUGUACAUCUGCUCAUUCGUGCUAUUAUCAUUGGCAUGUGGCAUUAGUGCAAUGCUUAAAAUCCAGUAGAUACACAUGAGGAGGUUUAUCUAAUGUUACAUGACCAGACUGCUGGUUCCAGACAGGCUCAUUUAGAUUAGUUGAACCUUCCAGCAUGAAUCUGCAGAAGAAGAAUCUGCAGAAAUUACGAGAUGAAGUUGUGUCAAAGGAAAGUUUUUAACAUCAUGAGGCUGUAGUGGAAGCGAAGGGACUUUUCAUUAUCAGUAAGGUUUUCUUAAUAAAGUGACCAGUGAGUGUUAUUCUUUUGUUUUCCUCGAGGUAGAAUCAUUUUAAACAAACACUUAAUGACCAUUUAAAAACAACUGAAUUAGCAAAGUAAUGUCAUGAGUGACUAUAUGUAUCUUAUAAUGAAUAAACAGGAUAUAACACAUUUA